UCUGGCGUUCGUGGAGGGUGAACCAUGGCGCCAGGCUGCUGAUUCAAACAGGUUGGAGGACAAACGUCCGGCUCCGGAGAGGCCGAUGGUCGCAGCGCGGGGUAGACGCGUCCUUGCCAUCUCUUCACUCACCUUCCUGGGACGGAGUUACCCGACGACAUGGGUGUGAUAGGCGUGCAGUUGGUUGUCACUAUGGUAAUGGCCAGCAUCAUACAGAAGAUUACACCCCACUACUCAUUUGCUCGUUGGUUGCUUUGCAAUGGAAGACCACUUCAGAGGGCACUUAGAGACUCAGGACUCAAACCACCAGGUUCAGGAACAGUUAUUGCCCAACCAUCAGGCUCCUGAACCAGAGGGGAUAACUUCACUCAAACCCUCACCCAUCACUGAACUGUUCCCACAACCAAUGGAUUCACUUUCAAAGACUCUUCAUCUCAUGUUCUCAACGCUUAUUGCUUAUUAUUAUUAUUAUUAUUACUUUUUGCAUUCACACAGUUUGUCUUUUGCAUUUUGGUUGUUCAUCUUUUCUGUUGGUUGUGAUUUCUUGUUGAUUCUAUUGUGCUUCUUGUAUUUACUAUGAAUGCCUGCAAGUAAAUGAAUCUUGGGGUUAUAUGGUGACAUGUAUGCACUUUGAAUACUUACAAGCUGGGUAAAGAUGACAGAUUUUCUUCACUGAAAUGCAACAGUGAACUAGAUAUGUCUGUGGUUGACUUGGUUUCUUGCUUGGUUCAAUUUGUUACUAUUUUGUCCAUACUUGGUAAAUUUUGACUCUUUUGACUGAAUAUUAAGAGUAAUUUGACAAACCUAUAGAUGUGUAGCAGGGAGUAUUUUGAUUGGCUGCAUCACAGCCUGGUCUGGAGACACCAAUGCUCUUGAAUGGAAAAUCCUACAAGAAGUAGUGGAUACAGCCCAGUCCAUCAAAGGUAAAGCCCUCCCCACCAUUGUGCACAUCUACGUGGAGCAUUGUCGCAGGAAAUCAUCAUUCAGCAACAUUCAUCAUCAGAGACCACUACCACUACAGGGGCCUCAGGACUCUCACCACCAUGUUCACCCUUCAACCAAAGGGGGUAACAACUUCACUCGCCUCGUCACUGAAAUGUUCCCAUAACCUAUGGGCUCACUCUCAAGGACUCUUCAUCCCAUGUCAUUACAUGCAAUCCUGAAAUUCUUUUUCUUGCUGGCAUAGUCAGUAAAUCCAAGAACCAUAAUAGACCACACCCAAUAGGGUGGACAAAUAACUAAUGUGCAAAAGACAGGAAACUGUGCAAAUACAAAAGAAAUAACAAGUAAAUAUCAAGAUCAUGAGAUGAAGAGUCCUUGAAAGUGAGUCCAUGGGAAUAUUAGAGCAAGUGAAGUUAUCCCCUUUGGUUCAAGAGUGUGAUGUUUGAAGGGUAAUAACUUUUCCUGAACCUGGUCCUGAGGCUCCUGCAGCAGGAAGGGCAUGGCCUGGUGUUGGGGGUCUCUAAUGAUAAUGCUGCCUUCCUGUGACACAGCUCCAUUUCAAUGUGCUCAAAAUGAAAUUAGUUUUAAAAUUGCAAAAUUUAUUUUGAAUUAGUACAGAUCUCCAUUGUGAUGUUUAAGAAAUUAAUGGAGGGAAAUUUCUUUUAUAUUGGGGAUACUAUUGUGAUUCUUUUUUGUCAUUGUGGUGUUUCAUGUGCACAAAGAAAAAUGAGGCAUAACAAAGAAGCAAAAAUGUAAAUGUAAAGAUACCAAAAGAAAAUAAAAAAACAACCAAGGCUGCUAUUAUAUUUGCUAAAGGCUUGUUUAGAUUUCAAAGUUUGAAGUACAUUUAUUAUCAAAGUAUUUAUACCAUAUACAACCUUGAGAUUCACCUUGUUGCAGGCAGUGACAAAACAGAAACACAAUGAAGCCCAGUAAAAAUCCCACACAACAAACUGUCAAACACCUAAUGUGUGAAAAAAGAACAAAUCAUGCAAAUGAUAAAGUAAACAAAUAAUGCAAACAGCAUAUAGUUUAUAUUAAGCUAUAAUAAAAUAGCUGUCAUUGCUGAAAGCUGUGUCAGUGUGUCAGAAUGUUAGAGGUCUAGUAAAGAUUAUAUAGUGCAUUUGCAGAUAGGUCAGUAAAGGGGUUGGAGACAGUCAGAAAAUAUUGUCAGAAUAUAUCCUGAGAGUAGUUUUCAUCUAUUUUCACAGAAGAUGAUACUUGUGAAGAUCCUGAUAAAGGGUUUUUGGCCCAAAACAACAUCUUUAUUCCUCUCCAUAGAUGCUACUGUGUGGGGCAAGUCAUAAGGAUGCCCCCAUGUCAGCUACCCCGCAGAGUGUUAUACGGCCAGCUACAUCAUGGUUGACGCUCAGCUGGAGGGCCGAAGAAGCGCUAUAAGGAUCAGAUGAAGAACGCUUUAAGGAAGUGCAAGAUCAGACCCGAGGACCUGGAGAAGGUUGCUGCUGACCGUGCCACUUGGCGGCAGCUGUAUAGGGAUGGGGUUCGUAUUCUGGAGAUGGAAAGAACAACCAGAAGACAGCAUAAGAGAGCCAGGAGAAAUACAGCCAGGGUUGCCACCACUACCACACUAACUGCAAUAGAGCUUGUGGGUCCAGGAUAGGACUGUAUAGUCAUCAAAGAUCGUACCGUUAAAGGAGUGGACAUCGUCAUCGGAUUUCAAUGGACAACUGAAGAAGAAAUUUUGCUCUAGAUUUCCUGCAUCUGCAGAGUCUCUUGUUUGUGAUGUGUAUUUAGUUGCAGUGAAUGAUACUCAUAACAGUAAAAUCGUUAAUGUUAAUAUACAUAUUGAAAGUGGAUCAGUUUAGAAGAUAGAUAAGAUUACCUAUUACAACUGAUGCCUGUCAUCGAAGAGAUACGAUAGAUGCUGAUAGAGAGAUUAGCAUGCCUCAGAGUGUAUCUGUAUUUGCAACAAGUUUACAAUUACUCUACUACUUUUUUUGGUCCUACAAUUUGAUUCUUUAAAAUUUUUAUCUUCAAUGUCUAGCUGUUAUCCUGCCUCUUUAUCCUUUUGGCUUAGAGUCAUAAAGUAAUACAGCACAAAAACAGACCCUUGGCCUAUCUAGUUCAUAGCAAACUAUUUUGCUAUCCCAUCAACCUGCAUCCAAUCCACAGACCUCCAUGCCUCUCCUAUUUAUGUACCAGUCCAAUUUUUUCUCAAAUUCCUGCUGCUAGCUGUAUAGAGUUUGUAUUUUCUCCCCUUGAUUGUGUGUGCUUUCUCAAGUUUCCUUCCACAGUCUGAACACUUACUGGAAGGUUAAUUGGUUAAUUGUUGUGGGUACGUGGCCAAGUGGUUAAGGUGUUGGACUAGUGAUCUGAAGGUCGUGAGUUUGAGCCCCAGCCGAUGCAGCAUGUUGUGUCCUUGAGCAAGGCACUUAACCACACACUGCUCUGUGACGACACUGGUUGCUGUAUUGGCCCUUUCCCUUCCCCUUGGACAACAUUGGUGUAUUGGAGAGGGGAGACUUGCAGCAUGGGCAACUGCUGGUCUUCCAUACAAUCUUGCCUAGGCCUGCAGACUUUCCAGGCGCAGAUCCAUGGUCUCACAAGACUAACGGAUGCCUUUAUUUAAUUGGUUAUUGUAACUUGCCCUGUGCUUAGUCUAGGGUUAAAUUGGGGAUUGCUUGACAGUGUAGCUUGAAGGGCCAGAAUAGAAGUUGAUAUUAGACCUAUAUCACCACUUUGUUAGAAUCUCAUUCUACACUCACACCACCCUCUGAGGGAAGAAGUUCCCCCUCAUAUCUCCUUAAACAUUUCACCUUUCACCCUUAACCCAUGACCUCUAGUUCUAAUUUUAUCCAACCUCAGUGGUAAAAACCUGCUUGCAUUUACCCUCUCUAUACUCCAUAUAGUUUUGUAUAUCUCUAUUAAAUAUUCCCUUGCUCUCCUACGCUCUAGAGAAUAAAGUCCGAACCUACUUGACCUUACCCUGUAACUCAGGUCUUCACGUCCUGGCAAAAUCUUUGUAAAUUUUAUCUGCACUUUUCAAUCGUAUUGAUAUCUUUCCUGUAGGUGACCAGAACUGCACACUAUACUCCAAAUUAGGCCUCACCAACAUCUUGUACAGCUUCAACAUAACUCUGAACUCGCAUACUUAAUGCUUUGCUUUAUGAAGGCCAAUGUGCCAAAAGCUCUCUUUAAGACGCUAUCUACCACAUUCAAGGUAUUAUGGAUCGGUAUUCCCAGACCACUGUGUUUUCACCACACUCCGCAGUGCCCUUCUACUCACCUUGUAAAUCCUACCCUGGUUUGUCCUCGGAGUACAACUCCCCACAUUUGUCUGCAUUAAAUUCCAUUUGCCAUUUUUUCAUCCCAUUUUUCCAGCAGGUCCAGAUUCUGCUGCAGGCUUUGAUGGUCUUCCUCGCUGUCUACUACGCCCUCAUUUUGUCUUUUGGAAAAUUGUGUAACUUAGAAUACUGAACACACAGUUCGGAUCACCCUGCAGCUACAUCUUGCUUGCAAUGGUACCAGCAUCCUACAGAAGAACAACUUCAGGUAUUGGCUGGAAAACAACAGAAAGCAAAAUCCAAGAAAGAAAGGAAGUAUAAUGGACACAUAGAAAGCAAGCCGCUGACUGUUCCUAAGGAUAUUAAUCUGCAUUUGGAAGCAAAGAGCAUUACGGAAAUGGAUACACGAGUUCUGCAUUACUUCCCUGAGUACCAAUGGCUGGUGGAUUUUACCGUUUGUGCUACAGUUGUCUACGUCAUUACUGAAGCCUACUACAGUCUGACUAACCCUCAUAAUGAGAUGAACAUCAGUAUUGUUUGGAGCCUGCUCGUCCUUACCUUUGUAUUUAAGGUAUUAUUUUCUCUGACCACUCACUACUUUAAAGUGGAAGAAGGUGGGGAGAGGUCAGUUUGUAUCACCUUCGGUUGCUUUUUCUUUGUGAAAGCAAUGGCGAUCCUAAUUGUAACAGAGAACUAUUUGGAGUUUGGACUGGAAACAGGGUUUGCAAACUUUUCUGGUGGGGCUAUGCAGUUCCUUGAGAAACAAGGCUUGCAAUCCCAAGGUCCCGUUUCAAAACUGACCUUCAAAAUGUCACUGGCUAUUCUUUGUGGUUUCAUUGGUGCUCUUCUGACCUUUCCUGGCCUACGACUGGCUCAGAUGCAUCUGGAUGCUCUGAAUCUUGCAAAGGAGAAGCUAACACAAACAAGACAAAAUUAUCUUUCUCUAACGUUUAUAAUGACUUUGCUUCAUGUGAACUUCCUCUCGCCACUAAUCAUGGUACUUCUGUGGGUGAAACCUAUUACAAAAGACUAUAUCAUGAAUCCACCACUUGGCAAAGAAAGUAUUCCUUUAAUGUCAGAGUCUACAUAUGAUUCGUUGCGACUGUGGAUUAUUAUCGCUCUCUGUGUUCUCCGACUGGCCUUAAUUCGCCAACACCUGCAAGCGUACCUAAACUUAGCACAAAAGAGUAUAGAACAAAUGAAGAAAGAGGCAGGGCGGAUCGGUACAAAGGAUCUGCAAAAGAUGGUUGCCCGGGUGUUCUAUUACCUUUGUGUGAUUGCACUUCAAUAUGUGGCACCAGUGAUUAUGCUUCUUCAUACAACACUGCUUUUAAAAACCCUGGGUCACCAUUCCUGGGGACUCCUCUCAGAACCUUCAUAUAUGUCUCCUAAGGAGAUCACUGAAGCCUCCAAUUCUGUCAAAUCAUCUACCCUUGUAGCCAAUGAAAGCAAAAAGCUGACAGUUGCACAAAUAACAAUGGCACUGGAUGGUCUACAGAAUGUUUUCACUCCAUUACUCUUCCGAGGCCUCCUCUCCUUUCUAACAUGGUGGAUUGCAGCUUGCCUGUUCUCUACAAGCCUUUUUGGAUUGUUCUAUCAUCAGUACUUGACAAUCGCAUGAGUGACUAGCAUGGUAAAGCUGGACGUCCAAAUAUUCUCCUAGAACAUCAAAUCAAAGCCACUUUUUGGAGAUUAAAACAAAAGGAUAUUUUAACCCAUUGUGGAAUCAGCAUAUUGCUGAAAUACAUAACACAGAUUAACCUGCUCAGUUCCAAUACAUCCUCUGGUUCUCAGGGUGGUUAAAUAUCUUAACAAUUUAAAAUUUAGAGGCUGGAAUGAUGUCAUGUUACCAAUGCAAUGGAUAGGUCAAUUAUCUUUGCAUGAACUUUGCAGUUAUCAACAAAAGAUUAUUUGGCCGAAGUGGUUUUAAGUUGAUGGAUAACGAUGGUUAAAAUUAAAAAUUGAUGGACUUAAUUCUCCAACUCCGCUGAGUUUUAAACACAGGAGAUUCUGCAGAUGCUGGAAAUCAGAGUAACUCACAUAAAAAUGUUGGAAGAACUCAGCAGGUCAGGCAGCAUCUAUGGAGAGGAAUAAACAGUAACAUUUUGGGCCAAGACUCUGAUGAAGAUUUGUAAGAGAACAGGCCCAAAAUGCCAACUGUUUAUUUCUCUCCAUAGAUGCUGCCUGACCUGCUGAGUUCUUCCACCAUUUUGUGUGUGUUCCAUAAAUGUUAAUCUGCUUAGAAGUUUAAGAUCAGAAUCUUAAAUCUAAAAGUUAGCAAAAGGUCAGAACUUUAUUCUAGCAUUAGCUUUACAAAAUGACAUUGCCCGAUGCAACAUCCUCUACAUUGCUGAGACACUUUGUAAAUUGGGGGACUGCUUCAUCGAACAUCUAUGCUCCAUCCACUAGAAGUGGAACUUCCUGGUGGUCAAACAUUUUUAUUCUGAUUUUCAUUCUGGUCCAUGGCCUCUUCUUGUACCACGAUGGGGGCACCCUCAGGGUGGAGGAGCAACAUCUUAUAUUCUAUCUGGGUAGCCUCCAACCUGAUGGCUUGAAUGUCAAUUUCUCCUUCCAGUAAAAAAUCUCUCCCCUCCCCUCCUCUAUUCCUCACUCUGGCCUCUUACCUCUUCUCACAUGGCUGUCACCUCCCACUGGUGCCUGCCCUUUUUCCUUUUCUCCCAUGAUCCACUCUCCUCUGCUAUCAGAUUGUUUCCUCUCUAGCCCUUUAUCUUCACCUCCUGCCUGGCUUUACUUAUCACCUAGCUAUCCUCCUUCCCCUCCAGCCACCAUUUUAUUCUGCUAUCUUCCCCCCCUUCCUUUCCAAUCCUGAUCAAGGUCUCAUCCCGAAAUGUGGACUGUUCAUACAUUUCCAUAGAUGCUGUCCGACCUGCUGAGUUCCUUCAGUAUUUUAUAUGAGUUGCUUUGAAUUUCCAGCAUCUGCAGAAUCUCUCGUGUUUUUGUUAAUGUGUCGCAUGAUUUGAAUGUGAACACUUUUUUUAAUCCCUUCAAUAUGCUCAUGCAAGCAUUAAGAUAAUGGAUGAGACUUUCCAUUUUCCUCGCCCAAGGCAAGUACGAAUGGACUUUAUCAGUUGUGACCCUGUGAUGAUUUUAAACAUAAAGUUUAAUUGGUUCUAAAUGUUGUCUUCUUCUUAAGCCCAAUUCUCCUACUGGGGUACAGGCUGCCAAUAGCAGCUUGCCAGAGUGCUCUGUCCUGGGCCAGUCAUUCAAGUUGUCCCCAGGUGUAGCCCAUCUUCUUGGUUUCCCUCCCUCUCCCAGAGAUGAGGUCUUUGAAGCUUCUGUUUGCAUUUCUGUAGCUCUGGGUUUUUACAGGAUGGGGUUGCUAGCCCCAUGUUCAACUCUCCUCCUUUCACAGUCGGUCU